AUGAGAUCUAUCAGUUCCAUAGUGUAUACUUUUGCUUUUGCUAGCCUGUCGUUGGUGGCGGGGUUUUUGGUUCCUACUACUCAUCGGUUGGGUUCUGUCGUCAACAAGUUGGCCACAAAAUCGCCAGAUGUGGACACGAGCACACCAGCCUACGAAGAUCCCUCUGGAUUGUUUCGUCAUGGAAGCAGUGGCUACGUUCCUGCAGGAUUGACCGAAAAAGAGUACGCAUCUCUUCGUCAAAAGGAAGCAGAUCACCAUGCUCAAAUGAACUAUGCUGCCUGGGGUCCUCGCUUUCGUCCAUCAGAUGGCCCAGUGGCAGAUGACAUGGCUUGGAUGGUCAUGCCAGAGCUAUGGACUGGAACCACAACACUGGAUCAUAACGAUGAGACGGACGAUACCGAUGAUCCCCUGCCGCUAGGACCUGAUUUUUUGCAGCAUGCCAAGCCAUGGUCGCAUGCAGGAGGCAGUGCUGCUUGGGGCGAAACUUACCGCCGCUUUUCUGAGGGCACAUCUGUGCACCAAAUGGUGGCUGACUUGGCUGGCAAGACCAAUGAUGAUGGCUUGUUGGCAGCCAAAACUUGCGAGGUGGUUGGUCACAUUCUCCAAGGUGUUGCGCACCAUGGAGGCUGUGUCGACGGUAGCGAAGACGCUGAAAGGCUGGAUCUGGAUCGACUUGCCAUUCACGUCGCACCCCAUCGGUCCGAUUGGGACGCCAUGCAAAAGGCCGAGCUGCUUCUCGAGACGGACAUUACAUCCGCCCCAGAUUCUAAUGACGACGAAACUGGAGAGACGAUGCUGUGUGGAGCUGUCUCUCAAUCGGACUUUUUGAGAACUAUUCUCAAGGUUCGUUUUGAUACACAGGCGGAGAAGGAUGACGACGAUGAUGACCCGUUGAAGGAGUUUUCUGAAGAAGAUAUUGCCGAUAUGCAGCUUUGUCUGGACUGGUACAUUACUCUGCGUCGUAUAGGCAUUUCCUCUCCGUUUGAUGACGCUCCUUCCAAAGAAUAG